AAAUACACUCUUUUCAUUAAAUCUCAAUAUACAAAACAGUAUAAAAAGUAAAAACUUGCAGAGUAUUUCAAUAAAUUUGUAACGGAAAGUAGAAAAAAAUAUGAAACUAUUGCAAAUAUCUUUGAUAUCUUUGACCUGCAUUAUUUUUGCCGGCGUCAAGGCUUUUCCAGAAAAUUAUUCAGCAGUUGGCGUUUUUAACUCUGGUACCAUUAGGCAAGAAAAGACGAAUGGAAAUAAUGUAAUACAUAACGUUUCUAACAACGGUUAUAUUCAUCAAGGAGGUUCGAAUGGAAAUAGUUUAAUAAAUAAUAACCAAAGAGGAUGGAAUGGAAAUAGUGUUAUAGCUAACGUUGAUAAUACUGGCUAUAUUAACCAAAGAAAAACGAAUGGAAAUAGUAUAAUAAGUAACGUUGUUAACACUAAUUAUAUUAAUCAAAGAAAAAAUACAAAUGGAAGAGCUAAUGUCAUACAGAACAUUGUUAACCACGAUGUUAUUGAUCAAUGAAAGGCGCAAACAAAUUGUAUAUUGAUACGAAGGAAAUUUUCUGGAAUUAUUAAAUUGAUUUUAACUUAAAAUUUUUAAGUAUACAUUUUGUUACAUUUUAAAGAAUGCAAUAAAAACAAAAACUGUCAGAUGUUAGAAA